GUUGUCGGGCUCGCGCAUUCUUUGCAGGAUCCAGAGUCACACGUGUCUCCGUCCAGCGGUUGGCGAGUUCUAGUUCUCAUCGCCGGUCCGCUUCAGGCCCGGCCAUGUUGGUGCUUUUUGAGACCGCGGCGGGAUACGCCAUUUUUAAGGUUCUGGAUGAGAGUAAAUUAGAAGAAGUAGACAAUAUAUGGAAAGAAUUUGAAACUCCAGAAAAAGCAAAUAAAGUAGUGAAAUUAAAACACUUUGAAAAGUUCCAUGAUACUACGGAAGCAUUAGCAGCAUCAACUGCCCUUGUUGAGGGAAAACUGAGCAAAAACUUAAAGAAGGUCCUCAAAAAACUUGUAGCCAAAGAUGCCCAGCAGCAACUGGCGAUUGCUGAUGCCAAACUUGGUGGUGUUAUCAAGGAAAAGCUCAAUCUCAGCUGUAUUCACAGUGCCAUGGUCACAGAGUUGAUGAGAGGCAUACGUAAUCAGGUAGACGGACUGAUCACUGGUCUGUCUUCACGCGAAAUGGCUGCCAUGUCUCUAGGUUUGGCACACAGUCUCUCUCGCUACAAGUUGAAGUUUAGCCCUGAUAAGGUGGAUACAAUGAUUGUUCAAGCCAUAUCACUUUUGGACGAUCUGGAUAAGGAACUGAACAAUUAUAUCAUGCGCUGCAGAGAGUGGUACGGGUGGCAUUUUCCUGAACUAGGAAAAAUUGUCACUGAUAACUUGGCCUACUGCAAGUGUGUACGAGCUGUGGGUGACAGAGUCAAUUUUGCCAACUUUGACCUGUCUGAGAUGCUUCCAGAAGAGGUGGAGGCAGAGGUUAAGGCUGCUGCAGAGAUUUCUAUGGGUACUGAAGUGUCUGAGGAAGACAUAAGUAACAUCUUACACUUGUGUGACCAGGUGAUUGAAAUCUCAGAGUACAGAACCCAGCUGUAUGAUUAUCUAAAAAACAGAAUGAUGGCCAUCGCACCCAAUCUUACUGUGCUGGUGGGAGAACUUGUUGGUGCCAGAUUAAUUUCUCAUGCUGGCUCCCUGCUGAAUUUGGCUAAACACCCCGCUUCCACUGUGCAGAUUUUAGGAGCAGAAAAAGCACUGUUUAGAGCUCUGAAGACCAAGCGAGACACUCCUAAAUAUGGUCUGAUUUAUCAUGCUUCUCUGGUUGGACAGACUACUCCCAAAAAUAAGGGCAAGAUCUCUCGAAUGCUUGCUGCCAAGGCAGCCCUUGCCAUCAGAUAUGAUGCCCUUGGGGAAGACACCAAUGCACAGCUUGGCGUGGAGACAAGAGCCAAGCUAGAGAUACGGCUCCGGAACCUUGAAGAGAAAGGACUGAAAAGAAUCAGUGGAACUGGGAAGGCACUAGCCAGAGCAGACAAAUAUCAACAUAAGAGCGAGGUCCGGACCUACGAUCCAUCUGGUGACACAACUCUCCCAUCGGUCCCAAAGAAGCGCAAGUUUGAGGAGGUUGAGCAAGAGGAGGAACAGCCAUCUGAGGUUAAAGUGAAAAAAGCUAAAAAAGUAAAAAUCACAGAAAUGGAAGAAGCAGGAGAACCUGUAGAAGAGGAGACGCCCAAGAGGAAGAAAAAGAAGAAGAUUAAAGUUGAGGAAGGUGAAGCUGGAGUGGAAGAGGAGGUGCUAAAAGAAGAAGAGCCGUCAACUAGCACAGCUGCAGAGACGCCAAAGAAGAAAAAGAAGAAGAAGAAAGUUAAGCAGGAAGAAGAGGAGGAUUAGGGGACACAGAUGGACUUGUUUAUUAGUGGACAGAGGAUUAAGACUUUGAUUCAAAAACAUUUGGGGAAGUGGCAACUCCAAAAUGUAUGAAGAGCAAUUUGACCUUCCACAGUAUAGGUUAACAAUUUUGCUGAGGGUUUAGUACAUGUUUUACUAUUUAGGUAAACUGCGAACUUCUUCAUACAAUUUUUUUUUUGUGUCUUUAAAGAAUGGACAACUUUUUUUCUUUUCUUUUCAAGCCUUUCUUUUUUAAAUUUUUUAAAUCAUGGUUUGAUAUUUUUUUUUUUUGUGUAUAAGAAAUUCUUGUUCUCCCUAAAUAUACUGUUGUAACAGUUCUUUGCAAGAUUUAUUCCUUCUGCAUAAAUAUAUAAAAUGGCUUGAAAGAACAGUAAA